CCCACAGCCAAAUCCACGAAGCAAGAUUGGGUGUGACUCUCUGAGCAGACACAGACGAGAGGUGCACAUGUCCGUAUGUGCAUGGAGUCGCAAUAAUUACUUCAUCGCACACUGUAUUUUUUCCUUAAGCUCGUAAUUUCGCAUUUCUGUCUUUCUCGCUUUGGCGCUCUCUCUCUCUCUCUCUCUAGUUUUUUUAAAUUCAUUUCCGUUUUGUACGUGAUUGGUGUUGUGAUCUGCGCGGAUGUGAAAGAAGAAGAAAGGAGAAGAAAACAGCUAGCACUUGGUGGGGCUUCAAACUCGGCUUAAAUUGAGAUAGUCGAGCGUUUCAACAGAGAUUCACUGUCAUAUACGGCCUCUGCAUCUCUCUGGUCAUUUCCGCGAUUUGAUUGUUUUUGGUUUGGCAUAGAGCAGUGGUGCUGAAUUGAGUAGUAGAAUCCUUUGGCCAUUGUUCUCUCGAUUUCGUUUCCGUGGAGAAAAAGCCCAUCUCUGGGGUGGAUCCAAGUUUUAACAACUCACUUUACCCUUGGGAGCUGUUUCUUUCCCAGUUUUGACUCAUUGAUUUGAGGGGUAACAGUAGAGCUCUACUUUCGCGGUUGUGUCGUUUUGCCUUUUGUAUUGUUUUGCAUAACAGUAUUCGAAAAUCCUCUUACUUUUGAGGUUUUCGUUGAGGAGAAACUGAGGCGUCUUGCUUUAUGAGUCGAAGGGGUAAUUAGAUCCAAUAACGUCGUUACCAUUUUGGGAAUAUUAAUUCCAAGAUUUUCACUGCAUAAGCGCAGGAAAAGUGAGGGGGGAAGAGAGUGUUUCAGGAAUUGGUGUGAAUCGGUGAAAAGGGUCUUGUCAUUGUUGGCUCCGCAGGUUCUUAGUGGAACGGUGAGCAUGUCGGUUGUACAUGUCUUGGCGUCCAACAUGGUGGGGGCAGAGUAAUAAUGCAGGUAUUUUUGUUUGCGUCACUUUAGACAUGUGCUCCAGCCACUAUAUUGAAAUGGGUUUGAUGGGUUUUAAGAAUUGGAUCUGUUGAAGAAGAAGGUUUGGUUGAAUUUGUGGCGUCCAUGAGUCAAGAACAGAAGCGAGGGAAGCAGGAGAAGGGCUCCGAUGUCGAAGCGAAGGUCGUCGUUGCGGUUAAGGCAUCGAAGGAUAUUCCCAAGACUGCUCUUGUCUGGGCCUUGACGCAUGUUGUUCAACCUGGGGAUUGCAUCACUUUGCUUGUGGUUGUCCCUUCGCCAAGUUCCGGACGAAAACUAUGGGUUUUCCCAAGAUUUGCAGGGGACUGUGCCAGUGGUCACAAGAAAUCUCAUUCAGGAGCUAAUUCAGAGCUGAAGGGUGACAUUACAGAUUCUUGCUCCCAAAUGAUCCUUCAACUUCAUGAUGUUUAUAACCCAAAUAAGAUAAAUGUCAGGAUAAAAAUUGUUUCUGGAUCGCCUUGUGGUGCGGUGGCUGCAGAGGCCAAAAGAGCUCAAGCCAGUUGGGUUGUACUAGACAAACAGCUCAAACACGAGGAAAAACGAUGCAUGGAAGAGCUGCAGUGCAACAUUGUGGUGAUGAAGCGGUCCCAACCAAAAGUUCUCCGUUUAAAUUUGGUUGGAUCACCUCAGAAACAACCUGAAGUAGCCUGUCCAUUACCUUCUGAGCAAGAUGAAGCAUCUGAAAAACAUUCGAAAAAGAAGAAAGAUUCUUUAAAUUCUAUUCGAGGGCCGGUUGUGACUCCAACUAGUAGUCCAGAGCUAGGGACACCAUUUACAGCCACUGAAGCUGGAACAUCUUCUGUGUCAAGCUCAGAUCCAGGAACUUCACCAUUCUUCAUCUCAGAGAUGAAUGGAGAUCUUAAGAAAGAUGGUUCAUUAGUCAUUAAACAAAACCAGGAUCUUAAUGAUACCAGUUCAGACACAGACAGUGAUCAUUUAUCUUCGUCUUCAUCAAGUUUAAGGUUCCAACCAUGGAUGGCUGAAUUUCUAACUUCUAAUUGUCAGUCCUCUCACAUAGAUGGAAGUUCCAAGAGACAUACUGAUAAACCUCAAGCAUCAACAUCCAAAGCUUUGCAAGAGAAGUUCUUGAAACUUGAUGGAGAAACUGGAAUUGGAGUGCUGAACUAUCGAACUGAUAUGGAGUUCAGUGGAAAUCUUAGAGAAGCAAUCUCCCUAUCGAGAAGUGCGCCUCCCGGCCCCCCUCCAUUGUGUUCUAUAUGUCAACACAAGGCACCUGUGUUUGGAAAACCUCCAAGGUGGUUUAGCUAUGCCGAACUGGAGAUUGCUACAGGUGGAUUUUCCCAAGCCAAUUUCUUGGCAGAAGGAGGGUUUGGAUCUGUUCACAGAGGUAUACUACCAGAUGGUCAGGCAGUUGCUGUCAAGCAACACAAAUUAGCUAGCUCUCAGGGAGAUCUUGAAUUUUGCUCAGAAGUAGAAGUUCUGAGUUGUGCUCAGCACCGAAAUGUUGUCAUGCUGAUUGGGUUUUGUAUUGAGGACAGAAGAAGGUUGCUGGUUUAUGAAUACAUAUGCAAUGGGUCACUGGAUUCUCAUCUAUAUGGACGAAAUCGAGAGCCUUUAGAAUGGUCUGCACGCCAAAAAAUUGCUGUGGGAGCAGCUCGGGGCCUACGAUAUCUUCAUGAAGAAUGCAGGGUGGGUUGCAUUGUCCACCGUGACAUGCGGCCAAACAACAUCCUCAUCACCCAUGAUUUUGAACCACUGGUUGGUGAUUUUGGCCUGGCAAGGUGGCAGCCGGAUGGAGACACAGGUGUGGAAACAAGAGUAAUUGGAACAUUUGGGUAUUUGGCUCCAGAGUACGCACAAAGUGGCCAAAUCACGGAUAAAGCUGAUGUUUACUCUUUUGGGGUUGUAUUGGUGGAACUUGUUACAGGAAGAAAAGCAGUGGAUCUCAACCGGCCCAAGGGCCAGCAGUGUCUUGCUGAAUGGGCACGCCCAUUAUUGGAAGAAUAUGCCAUUGAGGCACUGGUUGAUCCACGGUUGGGGAAUCGCUAUUCAGAACACGAGGUCUUUUGCAUGCUGCAUGCUGCAUCUUUAUGCAUAGGGCGGGAUCCUCUUUCGAGGCCUCGCAUGUCACAGGUACUCCGCAUACUGGAAGGUGACAUGGUCAUGGACACAAAUUACAUGUCAACACCAGGAUAUGAUGUGGGAAACAGGAGUGGGCGGAUUUGCACAGAGCAGCAGCAACAUUAUAGCGGUCCCCUCUCAAAUGAUGCAAUAGAAGGGUUUAGUGGGAAGCUGUCUCUUGAGAGUUUGAGGCCACCAUAUUGGGAAAGGGACAAGGCAAGGAGGGCUUCAUGUGAUGAUGUUUUGUAAAGAGCUCAUCCAUUUAAAACUACGUAUUAAGUACGCCAAAUACGUAUGCCUUUUUUUUUCCUUCUUUUUUUUUUGUAUUUUCUUCUCCCACUUAUAUUUUUGUCUCCAAAGCCAUCAUCUAGAUUUUGCUUCUGUAUAGUAGAAGGAUAGUAGGGAAUAGCAACGUUUUGUAAUUCUUUGGGAAAUGAAGAGAAUCAAGUCUAAAAUGGCCUCCUUCAAACUUCA